AGCCUGUAUGUAUAGAUGAAAUACACUGAGAUAGAAGACAGGACACUUACUAGAACUACUGUACUGUAGACCUAAAUCACCCAAAAGACCUACGCCCAAACGCCUCAUACACAGGUUGUCCUAUCGAUACUGAGGACAAUGAAGACCCCCCUAUGGGCCCUGUUGCUGCUGUGUCUCUGUGUUCCAGGACACUGUAGUGACUGCCAGGAGGACUGCCUGGCCUGUAGCCACAUCCUACCCCAGGAGAUCAACUUUAACACACUGGUGUGUCUGGUGGAGUGUGACAGUAACGUCUCCCCUGCCUUCAUUUGGGACCUGUGUCGCAAGGUCUUGGCACCGCCACAGUUACCAUUCCUGUCCAUAGGGGGCGCUGCCAUGCUGAAACGGGCCCAGGAGGAGGUGGAGGCCAUGCUGCCAGAAGAAGAAGAGGAACAGGGGGACGAGGGGCUGAUGUACCCAGCAGCCCUGCAGAGGUUUGACCACGUGGCCCGUGCUCUGGGGACAGACGAGCUGGGCAGUGAGAGCCAGCUAACCCUCGCCAAUGCUGCCUACAACUCCCAGCUGCCCCGGGAAAUGGAGGAAAUGGACGAGGAAGAGGGGGAUAGCGUGACAGAGAAAGAGCAGGACGGAGCGGCGGGUAUAAGUCUGUCAAAGCGCUUUGGGGGGUUCCUGAAGGGAAGGCACGGCUACAGGAAAUUGAUGGGCCCUGGAAGGCCCUUGCAGAAGCGCUACGGCGGGUUCAUAGGCGUCCGGAAAUCUGCACGCAAGUGGAACAACCAGAAACGCUUCAGUGAGUUCCUGAAGCAGUACCUGGGCAUGAGCAACCGAGCCAGCAAGUCCUACAACAGCUACUCCACUGACAUCACCCAACAGAACGAGGUGUAGCCAUGCCCAAAGCAAUCGUAUCCCUGCCAUAACCUAGCAAACCCCAGACCCUCCCCUACAUAUUCAAAUCUGUCACCACAGUGAUUAAACUUCUGUUCUGAACACAACCGCUCAUGAAAAUCCACACUGGAGCAUUAUAUAUUCAGUCUUGUAUAUUUCUCAUUGAUAGCGAUAACAACAUAUCAUGAAUAAAAGCAAAAAAAAUAAUUUAAAAAAAUACAAUGUAUACAGCUAUUAAUGGUUUAUCAGAGAAUCACUCUGGAUUAUUAUUAUAGUCACACAAACACACUGCAUUUGUUUUGCUUUUCCAUACUGUAUCUGUAAUGUAACUUUUUAAACAAAUUUUGCCUUCAUCAAUCUUGGCUAUUACAUGGGUAAAUUCAGUGGAAACUUCAUGAAUUUCCAUGACUUACUAGUGAAGUUCUCAUUGAUUUCCUGAACCAGUACAGAGUACAUCCACAAAGUUUCUAAACCCAGAGACGAAACAUCGCGAGACUUCGGUAAACACUUUCGAAACAGACCAAGCAGACCAAGGUUUGGGGUUUGAGAAGUCAAUAAUGAGAUAAGUGAAAAAUUAUUCCUUAGAUGUUCAUUUAAACACUCUAAAGGCACAACCUAGAUUCGAGCCAAUGUCAUAAGUAGUUGAACAUGCUAUUACUCCAACCUCGUAAAAGUGACAAACUGGCACGUUUUUAUUUUCGUCAAAAACAACUGUAUAUCGAAGUAGUGCCUUUAACUUGACAGGUUGCACACGCGCAGAUUUGCGCGAGACGACCGUUAGACCCAAUUACGUGUUUCUACGCGCAAGUUUAGCUAGCCAACGUCGUCAUGACAUCGCCUACAAGCGUUUUCGGGGAUGUCUUGGAGAAGCAGUUUCUGCAUCAGGGCGUCACUCUCUUUAUUGUGCUACCCUCUAGUGGCUGACCAAAAAUGAUCGUUCAGAUUUCCAAUUGAAAAUGUGCUAGGAUACGUUCAUGACUAUUUGAUAUAUAACACAAACUCAUUAUUGGGUGUGUGGAUGGCUCAAUCUGUAAUCUAUUGACAUGUUCAGAACUUCUUAAUAUUCUCUAAAUUUCAAUAUCAACCCUGAUAGUGUCUACUAUAUUUUGGUGCAAAACAUCUCAACGAACUAUUCCUACUGUAUAAGACUGCAGGAGGUUAUCCAUGCUCAUAUACAAAUGAUCUGUUGGCAAAACUAAUGUUCUGAUUUGAAAUUAACCUUGGCGUGUGUUUGUUGAAGCAGACACAGAUGUAGCCUACUGUAUGUAUGAACAGUGUUCUUUUUCUUUAAAUUGUUAUUAUGUGAAACCAUUUUGUUGUGCAGUAUAAAACCUGUAAAUAGCAGAAAUGUAACAUAUCAAUAAAGAUAGUUUACUAUUUA